UUCUCUUGAUCACUUAUUUUCUCUCUCUCUGUCUUUCCACAGCGGAGGUGUAUAUUGGAAUGGGAAAGGCGGCGGAGGCAACAGCGUGUACGCAGGAAGCAGCCAACCUGUUCCCCAUGUCCCAUAACGUGUUGUUUAUGAAGGGUCAGGUGGCGGAGCUGCGGGGGAACGUGGACGAGGCCAAGCGCUGGUACGAGGAGGCGCUGUCCAUCAGCCCCACCCACGUCAAGACCAUGCAGAGACUGAGUCUGAUAUUGCAUCAGCUGCAAAGGUACAGUCUUGCGGAGAAGAUCUUGCGUGACGCGGUGCAGGUGAACAGCACGGCCCAUGACGUGUGGAACAGUCUGGGAGAAGUGCUACAAGCGCAGGGCAACGACGCCGCAGCGACCGAAUGCUUCCUCACUGCCCUGGAGCUGGAGGCCAGCUGUCCCAUCUUACCUUUCACCAUCAUUCCCCGCACCCUCUGAGACACUCCGAGCGCUCACCACCGACAAAACCUCUGUCCGUGAGUCAUGCAUGAACCACAGCCCUUAAACACACACACCGAAACUCUUCUUCUGUCCUGGAAUGCCUUUCCCACCCCCUCCGACCUUUUUAUCGGUUCUCAGACGUGGAUCUGCCGAACUCGAAUCGACACGGUUAUCAGUGUGAACUUUUCCACACUGCUUCACUCUCAUUGUUUUUGCCUUCCUAUUCCUUCCUUCUUUCUGUGCUAGAAUUUCCACCGGCUUCUGUAUAGUAGUGGUGCCGCUCACCCUAAAACCCCGCCCCCUCCAGCACUCCCAUUGGUCAGUUUCAUACCACAGUACAAGUGGACCAAUGAGAAACCUUUUCAAGCUGCUGUCACAGUGAAGCGGGUGACUGACACAGCGGUUUCAUCAAACCAUGGUGCUUCCCGAAGCAUGUCCCGAAACAUACAAUCUUGAGAUUCUAGUAGCUGUGUGUCAUACGAACCAGUAAUAACACUGACACAGAGGCGGUCAAAAGUGUGUAUAUGUGUGCCGUGUGUGUUUAUGAGUUAAAUGGACGGUCAGAGUGCGUGUGUCCUUUACAUGUGCUGGUAUCCAGGAUAUCCCUUCCUAUGUGGCGUGUGCACGUGUGUUUAUUUGGAAUGGAAUACUUGACACGCUGUUACAGUUGAUCCCUGUUACACAAACACAUGUUAUAAAGGUUGUGUUUCCAUGCUGUUGUUCCUGAGGGCAGGUGUGUCACCCGUGUUAUGACUCCUAGAGAAACAUUACGUCCCCCUCUGAUCAAACGCUGUAUUGUUUAUAUUCUGUUUGUACAAAAGAAUCGCCUAGAGCAAAUGGAACGGAUGCCAAAAGAACAACUACUCUAAAAGCAAAUAUUUUAUCUUGGUUCUCAUUAAAAGAGAAGAUAAAUCUAGUUUUGGACAUUUCGUUUUGUUCUUUGGUUUAUUUUUCCACAUUUAUCAUGAUUCAGAGGUCGAGAUUUAUAUUGUUGAUUUAUCAGAGCCUUGCUAUAUUAGAUGUUUAUUUAUCUGUGUGCUAGACAAGUGAAGACAUAUAUGUAUUCCGUGUGUGUGUGAUAACAUGAGGGACUGUUACAGAUGGACAUGUUAAAAUCUCAGAUACGCAAAAUAUCUUCAUAAUGGUCACAGUGAUUUCAUUUAUGUACGAGAAAGAGGAAUAUUGUAUGUGUGUAUUUGAAGUCUUAGCGGUGUCAAUCACAGGGCCAAACAACUGGAAAUGCUGUUUUAUGAUGUCAAUAAAUGAUCGAUUGAGAAAAA